AUGACAAGAAAAUUGAAGCUAGCAUUGCUGGUGUGUGACACACCCAGACCCGAAGUCCGUGAAGAGCAUGGAGAUUACCCCAGAAUGUUUAGCGACGUGUUUUCGCGAGCUAACAGAAACAACGAUGUCGAAAUUACGUGGCAAUUCUUUGACGCAGUACACAAGCAAGAGUAUCCAGAUCUGCGUGACCUUGCAGAGAAUCGCACAUUUGACGGCAUUGUCAUAACCGGUUCAUCCGCUUCGGCCCAUACCGACGAGCCAUGGAUCCUCGAGCUCGUGCAGUUUGUACAUAAGAUGCGUGCUGAGCCUUUCCGCUCCCAAGUCAAACUGGUGGGGGUGUGUUUUGGUCACCAGAUUAUUGCCCGUGCGUGCGGUGGAUCGUGUGAGAAGAACCCUAAUGGUUGGGAGCGGAUGAACCAAGUGCAUCAGGAUCAUGUCAAGACGUUGCCACCUGGCUUUCACAGUCUGGCCACGACUGCACCGCAUACGCCGAUACAUUCAUUGCUAUCAGACGAUAACCAAUGCAUCACGGUACAGGGUCAUCCGGAGUUUGUGCGUCAAGUAGUGCGCAUCUUGCUGACACUACGACGAGACGCCGGCAUUGUCCCGAAAGAAUAUGCAGACGAACAAUUGGCAAAGAUGGAAAAGGCGCCGACCAAUGACGAUGAUGAUGAAUGGAUGGUUUCAAAGUUUAUCGAUUUUGUGUUGGGCGAUCUACCUGCUGUUCCCAAGGAUCAUGUCGAUUUAGAAACUGGCAAGCCGUUUGGUGCAAAUGUCCAUAUUGGAAACGAUUAA